CGCAACUUCAACUGGAACGGUCUGCAUCUUUGUGUAGCAAACCAAACAUCCAGCAACAACUACAACAAGUUAUUUAUCGUAUCAUUUCGGAUUUUCAUUUAAGCGCCAGCUCCUUAAUAGCUUCAGCAUCAAGAUAUCAGAUUACGACGAUAUUUCACGACGUACUCCGCUUCUCACCCUUCAACAAGCUCGGAUUGAUUUUCGCUUUUCCUUGUGCCCUGGCACGGCCGGGCUAGGACCUAGGAGGAGGAAGCUGGGUUGACACAAUUCGACCGUUCACGAACGCAUCAACUACAAAUCAACCACAGCCAUGAGCCUUAUUGCGGAAUUUCUGGCCAGCAUUCGCGGGUUCGUACAAACUCAAAAUGGUGACGAGCUCCGCAACUGGUUGCUCGUCGAACCGAAUGUUGCCGCACAUUAUUAUGAGCUUGGACAACAACUGAGGUCGUCCUGUCCCGCAAAUUCAGGCAAUAUCGAGAAGCUGGUUGAGAAACAUUUACCAGAGGAGGAUGAUGUUCCAGAAGGAAGAGGCUCGCCAUGGCCCGGCUUCAACUCGUUCAUGGAGGAGUACUUGAAGUACUGGCGCGAUGUAGACUUCAACGACAUCGUUAAACUCUAUGGUCGGCUCAGCGACCUGCUCAUAUCAUGUGCAAAUGCACUUGCUAAUCCAACGUAUGGCAUCAUGCUUCUACAAACCAGCAUGUCGCUUUCAGAGGCGCUCUCCAAGUUGGUAAUGAGCAUUACCAAGGAGCCUCAUCUCAUGGCCCAGAUUCAGGGCGACAUGACUGGUGAUGAAGCUGGCGAGAAGAAGUCGAUUGUCGAGCUUGCCGCAGAUAUCAUUCAGAAGAUUUUCACAUCGUGUCUCACAGAUCGAUCAAGUACUCGCUGGUCACCUCCCAAGGGGAAGAAGAUUGCCGUGUAUCUAUUUGCGAACUUGACACUGAAACUGCUGUUUGCUUGCGACAAAUCGCGACUGGCCGUCCAGAUGUUCACCAACCUCUCUACAAGCGGACCGGCACUCUCACUAUACCCUGCAUCACAACGCGUUACCUUCCUCUACUACCUUGGCCGCUUCAACUUCGAUCAUGGCCAUUACAUGCGUGCCCACUGGUGCUUCGAAGAAGCAUACCGACAAUGCCACCCACAAUUCCUCAAGCAUCGUCGACAGAUUCUGAUCUACUGGAUCCCCUCGAACCUUCUCUUGGGACGUUUCCCGUCACAGAUGCUUCUCUCACGGCCCGAGGCCGCCGGCUUCGCCGACAUCUUCAUCCCAAUUUGCGCCGCUAUCCGGACCGGCAACUUUGUCGCCUUCCACCAGGCCCUCAACGCCAGCAGAGACUGGCUCUGGGACCGCGGCCUCUACCUAACGCUCCUCUACCGCCUCAAACCCCUCGUCUGGCGCUCCUUCACGCGCAAGACGUUCCUGCUCACAUGGGAAGGCGCCACCGGAAACGAUCCUAACAUGAUGACCAACCGCGCCCCCGCCCUCUCCCUCUCCGACCUCGUGGUAACCGCCACGUACGUCCAAAAGCUCCUAGAGGGCUACACCCCCGUUGCUGCUGGCACCACUCUCACCCUCACCCCUCCCCCAGGCGGACAGCCGAAGCGGUUGAUGCCCUCGGAAGGAUUGAUCUUCGGAAACAAGCAACCGGAUCUUGACAGUAUGGAGUCGAUCGUCGCGGGCUUGGUCUACGCGGGCCUGCUUAAUGGGUUUAUCGCUCGCCAACAGAAGAAGUUCGCGGUCGAGGGCGCCAAGCGCAAGGGAGGGAACGCGGUGGCGGCCGGUUGGCCGUGCCCGUAUGAGAGUAUCAUGGACCGGUUCAGGGAGGAUUACGAGGAUGAGCUGGCGGCGGCGGAUGCGGGCGAGACGAACGAGCCGCCGGGUGAGUUUGAGGAUGUGCCUGGUUGGGUUAAGAUGGGUUGAGAAUAGUUGAUGGGUGGUGAUACUUGCUCUGGUUUUCGUUGCUUUUAACUCUGUAAUGUUGCUAUGGGAGAAGCGGGCAUAUUGAUAGACUGCAUCAUCGUAAAACUGAAUCAUCGGAUUUAUCCUAGAGCUUUCAUAGGGCAUACGUUUGUAAUAUGAUGGUUUCAAAACUCAACACUCUCCAUAAACGUGAACUGCCAAGCUGGCUUUGCCCCGGAUAUAACAUCGUUGAAAGUGAGCUGAUACGAAGGCCAAUGUUAUUUUUAGAGCGAGCUCGUAUUU